AUGAAACUACUUCUGACGUGUUCUUUUUAUCUUUUAGUGGACGACUACAGUAUUGGAAGAGUGGGUGGUCCUGUGUGCACCUCUAUACUCCCUCUGGUCGAAUGGGAAGAUGGCAAUUAUUAUCCUACCGACAAACCUUAUCCUCGAGGAGAAUUGCUGGUUGGUGGAAAAUGUCUCUCGAACGGAUAUUUCAAGAAAGACGAACUGACUCAAGAAAGCUUUCGAGAAGAAAACGGAAUGAGAUGGUUCUACACGGGUGACAUCGUCGAAAUCCAUCCCGACGGUUGCAUCAAAGUCAUAGACAGAAAAAAGGAUUUGAUAAAGCUGCAGUACGGGGAGUACGUACCGUUGGGCAAAGUAGAGAGCGUGCUGAAGACGUGUCCUCUGAUGGAUAACAUCUGUGUUUUUGGCAACGGUUUCAAAGAUUACGUUGUGGCUCUGAUGGUUCCCAAUAGAGUUCAGUUAGAACUUUUGGCUAAAGAAUUAGGCAAGGAAAGAAUGGACAUCCAAAGUCUUUGCGCCGACGAAGAAAUGAACGAAUGUGCCACCAAAAUCGUGCAGAAACACGGAAAAAGCUGCAAUUUGAUGAGGAAAGAAAUUCCUAAAUACGUCAAACUCUGUUCCGAAGAAUGGUUACCAGAAAGUGGUUUCGUCACGGGAGCGUUGAAAGUUCGACGAAAGGUCAUCCAAAAUUUUUAUAAAGAAACUCUGGAGAAUUUGAUGAAAAAGAAUUAAGGUGAAGAAGUGUUUCCAAGAAGUUGUUGUCAUUAUAAACUGAAAAUUUGUCUAUUGAAAUUAACGGCGAUUACUUAAAAAUGUUAAAAUAGGGGACAAAUUGACAAUGAAGCACACCAUAAGUAAAAUUAUAACAUACAUAGGUGAAUAUACAGUUGAAUUGUCCAUCUCGAAUCUCAUGGGAACGAGAAAAAAAUUCGAGAUAAACGCGUUUCGAGGUAUAGAAGCUCAUGAACUGUAAAAUGUUAAAGUUGCGCUACUCGGACCUGUCUAGAGCCCGUUCUCGUGGACGUAUUUUGAUGAAACUUGGUAUUAAA